GCGGUCCACCAGAGCAUUAGUCUAUCCGAAAACCAAACGACUGAGCCCCAAACUCAGAAAUAAAAUGAAAUUCGCAAUUGUUCUACUCGUGGCCAGCAUUGCCUGUGUCCACAGUCAGGCUGUACCAUCUCCUGGCGGCGGCAUUGCCAACAAUCCCUUUGCGGCUGCCAAUCCCUAUGCGGCUGCCUUCAAUCCCUUCCUGAACGGACUCUUCGGUGGUGCUGGUGCAGGCGCAGGAGCAGGCGCGCCAGUGGCUGCCACCCCGCCCUUCGGUGGCGCUUCCAUCUCAUCGUUCUUCCAGUCUGUGGUGCUGCAGCGCGAGGCCGAGCGGCUGCUCAGCCAGCCCAACUUCCCCACCGAUCUGGCCGAGCGUGUGCAGGAUGUGGUGGCCAACUCCCAGGAGACGAUUGCCGGCUGCAGCACACCCGCCACCCUGCCCUGGCUGCAGAUCCGUUGCGUCAAGCCCCUGCUGACCAACGCCAAGAACGAGCUCAAGCUGAUCGAUGACGAGUGGCAGGCGCGCCAGGCAGCAGCCGCCAGCCCAGCCCCAGCUUAGGGCAA